CAAUACAAGGUACAAGAAAUUUAAAGCAAGAACCCGUGAUCCGAUUGGUGACGAUGAUGACGAAAAAAUGCAUAGUUUGCAACUAAUUCAUGCGGACUUGUUUCCCGAUACGAUGGAAUAUCUUAAAGCCAUGGACGGCAAACCAUACGCAAUUCGAAGUACCAAUGGCCCUAAUGUGUUGUACGAUCUCCUUUCUGACACUGAUAAAGGAAAAAGCGUGGAAGAAAUCGCAAGGACCUAUGCCGGUUUGGAGUGCGCCGUCGCACUAGACCCAAUUAUCCUUUCUCCGGAAGAGAUUUCUGAAGCAAACAAAAGUCAGUUCGACCUGCACAUUCCCGAACUCUGCGAGGACAAAUCCCAUAUAUGCCUGAAAUUGGACACUUCCGACACGUCGAUGGGCGGAAGCAAAUUCGAUCUUGAAUUCUACUUGAAUGGUGGAACCAGCGGCUCCGUCGCACCGACGACCAACUUGGAAACCGGCGGAUCGUCGGAUCCACGCCUCUUAAAGGCUAUGGCCUCGGCAACGGGUUGCAUUCAAGAAGGAAUAAAAGAGAACGUCAAGUUCGACCUCGAAGGUCAUCACGGGCUCGUUAACUACGAUGCUACGCCCGGGGAUCAAUCUCCAGCACAGCAAACCUAUCAAGUUGUGCUGUCACUCAGAGCAAACGUGGGCUUCUUAGGUCACGGUACCACGCUGGCAGAGACAGAUGGAAGCCGUCAAUGUGAACGGCGAAGAAUACGUCCCGAGGUACGAUGGAAAGGUCGAGAGAAAGAUGGAUUUCUGGCUCGUCUCCGGUGUCGUCGGCAUAAGAGUCGAUUACGGAACCGAAAGCUACAAACCCUACAGCCAGCCAAACAGAUGGGGAACAAAAUUCUACGGCCGGUUCAACUCCGACGUCGAGCUGUUCAUCCGGUCGAGCAGUUCGAGUUUUGCCCACGUGUUCUCUUGCGAACCCCCGCCCCACCGGCUCCGAUCUGCGCGGGGGACAGCAACGAAGUUCCCCACGACGGGCACCAGGGAUCCUCGUCGGACGGCGACAACACCUUCCUAGUGAACGAAAAAACGGACGGUGGAAGUUGUUCGACCGGGCCGACGGGAACCCCGUCGUCCACGGGCCGCCCGGUCACGCGUGGCCAUCGGCUGCCUCUGGAAAAAAGCCGAGACCACCCGGUUGGAAGGAAACGAACGAAACGAAACGAAACGAAACGAAACGAAACGAAACGAAACGAAACGGCGACUUUUGUCGUGCACGGGCGGUCGAAACGGCCACGAAUCGAUUCUGCAAGACGACGGAAACCUGGUCAUCGACGACACACACACGGACAAUCAUCCAUUUGGGACACCCAGGCCAAUCCGAGCAAGCAGUGACACCGGAGCUUUGGCGGUUGUGUAUGCCCGUUCGACCUUGGUGUACGGGAGAAUUGCCCUCGUUCUAGCAUGCUUCCCAGGCUAGACACCAAGCCCGGUCGACUUGCAGUUCAAUGAAAACGUAAGUACAAAUAACGACAAUCUUAGUUUCGUGCUGUGUCCAUGGUGCUCCGCAAGGCAUCGGCGGUAUCCUAAGCAGCUAGAAGUAUCUCGGUAGCACAACAUCGCAUGGCAAAGCAUAUCAUAUCAUAUCAUUUCAUAUCAUUUCAUGGUCCGUGGCGGUUCUAGCCCCCGUGGGAACGGAUCGUGUCCUACACUCCGAGAUC